AUGGCUUAUAAGACUCCGUUAGGGAUGAGCCCCUUUCGGAUUGUCUAUGGGAAGGCGUACCACGUCCUGGUUGAAAUUGAACAUAAGGCCUAUUGGGUGGUUAAGCAAUGCAACAUAGAUUUCACCAAGACAGGUAUAACUAGGAAAUUGCAACUAGAAGAACUCAAAUGCCUUAGGAUGGAGGCUUAUGAGAAUGCACGAAUCUAUAAAGAGAAGACUAAGGCAUUUCAUGAUCACCAUAUCCACAAGAAAGAUUUCCAAGAGGGUGAUGAAGUUUUUCUAUACAUCUCAAGGCUCAGAUUCAUGCCCGGAAAGCUCCGUUCAAGUUGGGACAGCCCCUUUAGAGUGAAGGAGGUGAAGCCCUAUGGUGUGGUAGAGCUAUUCCACCCUUAA